AUGCCGUCGUAUUUACCUCUUGCGUAUCGCUCACGGUUUCUCAAUCUCCAGCCUGGUCUCAUUUGGCCUCCACUGAUGCAGCGUGACACAAACCUCGCGUUUAAGGACAUUCAUAAAACUCCGGAUGCCCUGCUCGCGGACCUCGGCCUGAUAUGCGACCCAGCCACCGUUACGUCCAUCAACCCUGGUGGCUUAGAGACGCUCGACCUCCGGUUUCUAGCAUUUGACAACACCAGUCUGGAUGACAGCCCGCUAUUGUAUUUGACAGAGAGAGGACAGCACGUUGGAGAGACGAACUAUGUGGCAGUGUCGUAUACCUGGCAAAAGUUUGACGCCAUCACACUCGUCAAAGACAACUCUCGGUACAGAAUAUUGGCCGGAGGCUCUAUACGAAAUGCUCGGUCGCAAGGGGCGCUCUUGCGUAGAGCUAUCCAGUUUGCCAAAGGUAUCGGCACUCGCUUGCUUUGGGUCGAUAAGGACUGCAUCGACCAGGAUGACCCCAGUGAUAUCGAAAGGCACCUACACGUAGUACACAAGAUCUUCAACCAGAGUCGCUACGCCAUCGGCCUACUCUCUUUUCACAUAUUCCAUCAGACGCAGGCAGAUUUUAUUCGACACGUCCACGACAGAACUUAUCUCAGGGAGCUAGAUCGGCUACUUCAG